UAAAUACUCUAAGAUACAGCGCAAGGUGAAUUUGCUGUGUUAACCCUGGCUUACCAGCUAGCCAAUCAAAUAGGAUCGAAACCAGCAUAGAACGCCCAAGGGCGGCUCCUCAUUCGACAAUCCCACCGAGCUGCUGGUUUCUAAUUGGCUACGGCUCUACCUGUCCACCGUCUUCUGAUGAAGUGAGCCGCUCGCUGAUUGGACAACGAGUCUCCCUGAAGGUCUGAUCAGGCGGUUUCUGCGCAGGCGCGGCUGGUAAACAAUCAAAAAGAAGCGACGCCGAUUUAAAGGGAUAGACGCGUGUGGGACUUUAUUAAAAUCACCGACAAAUAAUACAGUUUGACCGGAAUUGAAAAGGGCUCCAGACUCCGGGAGGACUGACCGAGAGACAUGGCCGAGAAACACAAGGUACCCCGAACCACGGAGCUGGAGUUCGGAGGGACGCUGGGUGCCCUGUGUCUCCCUGUUCUCCUGCCCCUCACUGUUCUCUACCUGCUCCUGUCCUGCCGCACCCCCGAUGCCAGCCUCUUCCCGCCUCCCUCCCUGCCCCCACCUGCGCAGCUGUGGCUCCCCGAGACCCUGCUGCUGCUGCUGGGGUGGGGGGCUCUGCAGGGGGGGCUCUACCUGCUCCCCAUCGGCAAGGUGGCCGAGGGAAUGGUCCUCCGGGACGGUACCAGACUGAAGUACCCAAUCAAUGGGUUCUCUGCCCUCCUGAUCACGGGGGGGCUCCUGGCCGUGGCGUUGCCCUGUGGUUUGCCCCUGGGGUAUGUCUACGACCACAUGUUGCCCCUGGCUGUGUCUGCUGGGGUAAUCUCCCUGAGUCUCAGCCUGCUGCUCUAUCUGAAAUCACUCUGCGCCCCAGCUAGCGCCAUCGCCCCAGGGGGCAAUACAGGGAACCCCCUCUACGAUUUCUUCAUGGGGCACGAGCUGAACCCCCGAAUCGGCUCCUUCGAUCUGAAAUAUUUCUGUGAGCUGCGACCAGGGCUGAUCGGCUGGGUGCUGAUUAACCUGGCUAUGCUAAUGAAGGAGGCGGAGCUAAGGGGAAGCCCCUCCCUUGCGAUGAUUCUGGUCAACGCCUUCCAGUUGCUUUACGUCGUCGAUGCGCUCUGGAAUGAGGAGGCAGUCUUGACCACGAUGGAUAUCGUUCAGGACGGGUUCGGUUUCAUGCUGGCGUUCGGUGACCUGGCCUGGGUGCCCUAUACCUACAGCCUGCAGGCUCACUUCCUGGUGACUCACCCGCAAGAACUGAGCGCGCUCGGUGCCAUCGCCAUCGCCGCGCUCAACGCGCUCGGAUAUUUCAUCUUCCGGAGAGCGAAUUCCGAGAAAAACCUUUUCCGAAGGGACCCGUCGGACCCCAGAGUGUCCGGUUUGGAGACGAUCGCCACGGCAACGGGAAAGCGGCUGUUGGUUUCGGGGUGGUGGGGGUUCGUGAGACACCCCAAUUAUUUGGGGGACCUGAUGAUGGCGCUGGCCUGGUCCCUGCCCUGUGGUCUCUCUCACCUGCUCCCCUAUUUUUACGUGCUCUAUUUCGCCGCCCUGCUGGUUCACAGAGAGGCUCGCGACGAGCACCAGUGCCUCAGGAAGUACGGGCUGUCCUGGGAGCGGUACUGCGAGAGAGUGCCCUAUCGAAUCAUACCUUACCUGUACUGAAACCGGGCCAGAACCGAGGAUCACAAGGCAUCCCACACCUGCACUGGACCGAAACAGAACCACUCGUCCAUAAUCACCUGUACAGAACCGAGAACCGGAGGGCACCCCACACCUGCACUGGACUGGACUGGACUGGGUAUAAAACCAGAACCACCGAGCCAUCAUCACCUGUACUGAACCAGAACCACAACUGCAAAGAUGGACCUGUCCCAGAUCACACUGUGCAACAAAGAAGAUGAACAAGAACGGACAUUGAAUUUGUUCUUUACUGUUUUUAUUACUAUUAAUAAAAAAUACAAAUAUA